AUGUCUACUGAUAAGAUUACCUUUUUGAUGAACUGGCAUGCUACGCCAUACCACGCUCCAGUCUACUUGGCUCAGAAGUUGGGAUAUUUCGCGGAUGAGGAUAUCAAGGUUGCACUGCUUGAGCCAAAUGAUCCCAGCGAUGUCACUGAAAUAAUUGGUUCCGGCAAGGUUGACAUGGGCUUCAAAGCCAUGAUUCAUACCUUGGCUGCCAAAGCUCGUGGUUUCCCCGUUACUUCCAUUGGCUCUCUUCUCGACGAGCCUUUCACUGGCGUCGUUUAUCUCAAAGAUAGCGGCAUUACAACCGACUUCAGAAGUCUAAAGGGCAAGAAAAUCGGCUACGUGGGAGAAUUUGGCAAAAUCCAGAUCGACGAACUUACCAAAUAUUAUGGUAUGGAACCAACAGACUACGAAGCAGUACGAUGCGGCAUGAACGUCUCCAAAGCCAUAAUUGAAGGAAGCAUCCAUGCUGGGAUUGGAUUAGAGAAUGUUCAAAUGGUCGAGCUCGAGGAAUGGCUUGCUGGGCAAGAUCGACCACGCUCAGAUGUGCAAAUGCUGAGAAUCGACGAACUUGCAGAGCUUGGAUGUUGUUGCUUUUGUUCGAUCCUUUAUAUUGUCAACGACAACUUCAUGGCUGAGAAUCCAGAGAAACUUCGAAAGUUCAUGAGAGCCGUCAAGCGUGCCACGAACCUCGUGCUUGCCUCACCAGAAGAGGCAUACCAAGUGUACAUCGACAUCAAGCCCGAGAUGGCGUCUGCUGUCAACCGAAAAAUCUAUGAACGCUCGUAUGCUUACUUCUCCAAAGAUCUGAAGAAUGUGCAGCGUGACUGGGAGAAAGUCACUCGCUACGGGAAGCGUCUUGAGGUGCUGAAGGACGACUUUCAACCAAACUAUACUAACGAAUUCCUGGAGUGGGAACUCGACUCCGAUUCUGCUAACCCCACUGGCGACCAGAAGAGGAUGGUAGCUUUGCAAAAGGACGUGGCUGAGAAGGGAGGUUUCCAGCGACUCGACGUUACGAUCGCCGUCUGA